AUGCCGACACCAAAGGGGCGAAAUCGGAAAGCAAGAAGGGCGGCGGCUGCGUCCCAGUCUGCUGCUGACCCAGCAGUAGAGGCAGAGGCGGGGAGUUCGAAAGCAGCGGUGGAAGGCAAGAGAGCUGCCAGCCACGAGAAGCAGCGGCGACAGGAGCAGCAGUGGCAGCAGCAGCUCGAACCUAGCAACAAGGAGGAGGCUGCGAGUAUCGUCGCUCCUGACGCCUUGCCAGGUGGACAGGGCUCGGCAUCCAAGGGGAAGUGCGGUGGCAAGAAGAAAGACACAACAGCCGCCAGGGGAACACACGCAAGGAAUGGAAAGAAGAAGGAAGCCGCCAAGUCCGGCGGCGAAGACGGCGGCAACAUCGCCGAUCUGGAUGCGGACGAUUUCUUGAACGGCGGCUUCAUAUCCAUGGCAUGCAUUCCCGACAACGAGGACAAGGCGGACGACGCGGAAAGGGAGUUCGAGGGCAGCGGCGGCGAUGAUGACGGCAGUAGCGAUGACGACGACGGCGUUGACGGCAGCAGCAGUGAUGACGAAGAUGAUGAAGGCGGCGACGGUGGGAUAGUCGGGGAAGAUGAAAGCGACAGCGACGACGAGGACGCAAAUGCUAGCGCGAUGGAUCUGAAGGGGCUGGCGGAAACCGACCCAGAGUUUUACAGUUUCUUGCAGAAAGAGGAACCUACCUUGCUUGAGUUCGACCCGAUGGACAGCGAUGACUCCGAGGAUGAAGACGGAGACGGAGGGGAGGGCGCGGAAGCGGCUGCAGAGGGAGCGGGCGGAGAGGCAGGGGCGGAGACGAUUACCACCAAGAGCACGGCGGCGCUACUUCGGCAAGCUUCCAAGGGCGGGGGAGUAUCCCUCACGAUGCCGCUUCUCAAGGCCAUGCGACAAGAGGCGUUCGACAGGAAGAGCAUUCAGGGAGUUCGGAGAAUGAUCAAGGCCUUCCGCUGCGGCUGCCACCUUGGCGAUGAGGCCGCCGAGGGAAAGGCUGGCGGCGGAGGCGGCGGAGGCGGCGUUCAGCACAAAUUCCGCAUCCCAAGCAGCGAAGUGUACAACGAACUCAUGGUGUGUUGCCUCGAAGGCCUUCACCCGGCCUUCAUGCACCUUCUUUUCCCCGGGAGGGAGAGCAAGACCGCAGCGGAACCUCCGGUCACCGCGGGCGGUAGCAGUAGCGAAGGCGCCAAGGAAAAGCGCAGGCGCGACGAGGAUGAGGGAGACGGGGAGCGCGCCGCGGUCGCCGGCACGGGCAGUAGCAGCAGCGAGCCAAACAAGAAGAAGAAAAAACUCAAGGGAGGCACCCCGAUACCCGCAGCCGAUGACGACAAAGAUUGUGAUUCCGGGGGGGGGGGGCUCCAGGGAGGAAGCGCUCGACAGAGUGUCACGGGAGCUGGUGCUGAGAAGGGGGGGGCACCGCAGGAGGAUGGUGGGAGAGGUGCGCUUGCACGGGGGCGGUCAAGGGUGGCGGCGGCGGUGAUCUUGACGAAGGAGGACUUCCGGGCGGCAGCGUUGCUUCCCGCUUGGAAGCCCAUUCAACCCGCGCUCUACAGUUUCUUCAAGUCGCUGCUCCACGUGCUAGAUGAGCUGCACGACAGGGCCCUUCUUAGCUUCCUGCUGUCGAGGCUAGAGCACUACGUACCUCUGCUGGUGCCGUUCCCCGGCGUCGCGAGGGGUUUCCUAAAGACUUUGCUUGGACUGUGGGGGGGCGCGGGGGCAGAGGCCAAGAGUUCCGGAGGGGGCACGGAGCAAGAGGGCGAGGAAGCCGAGAGGGUCCGGUUGCUGGCCUACCUCCGGGUGCGGCAGAUGGCUGCGGCGCUGCCGUUCCCCUUCGUAGAAGGCUGCAUGAAGAGGCUCUAUCUCGCCUUCGCAAAGAGGGCAAGGGCACCCCCCGCCUCGCAAUCGGGCAAGGUCUCGCUGAGGGUCAUGGAGGGCUGUGUGGUGGAGCUGUACGGCAUGGAUGUGGGGUCCGCGUACCAGAACGCCUUCCUCUACAUCCGGCAGUUGUCCCUCCUGCUUCGACGCGCUAUGCAGCUCAAGACAAAAGACUCUGUACAGGCCGUGCGACGGUGGCAGGUGGUGACGUGCCUUCGCUUGUGGACAGGGGUGCUGGCUGCCGCCCCUGGGGAGGACGAGCUGAGGAUGCUCAUCUUCCCGCUGGCGCAGGUGAUCGAAGGGAUCGUGCGUCUCUCAGCUACCCUGCGACACUCGCCGCUGGUGUUUCAGCUGGUGCGCAUGAGACAGAGACUUGCCGCUGCAGCUGAGCUGUACGUCCCGUGCGCGACUCCCCUGCUGGAGGUCAUCAGGAGUCCCGCCCUUUUCAAAAAGGCAACGGCUUCGACGGGGGCUCCGCCGAAUGUUCCCGCCAUCCUGCGGCUGGGCAAGACUCAGGUCGAGGAAGGGAGGGCGCAAGGAGCAGUGGUAGAGGAGGCCCUCAGGCUGCUGGGACAGGAGAUGGAUUUGUAUCGCUAUUCGGCGGCGUUUCCAGAGCUGGUGCUGCCCGUGCUGGGACGCCUCAAAAAGUUCGCCAAGCUCACGAAGGUGUUCAAGUGGCGGAUGAUGACGAGGGGCCUGGUGGAAACCCUAGAGACGAGAGCCACUUGGGCGGCGGAAAAGCGGCUGGAGCUUGGCAUAUGCCCGUCUGACGUGGAGGGACUGGAAGCGUUACGGCCAGAGGGGGCCCCGUCGAUGCGCGAACGCCUCGGGGCGUCGGAGGCCGAGGUAGAACGCGUGGUCGACGAUGAAAAUACACCGCCCCCAUCGAAAGCUACUGCCGCCAUUACGACCAAGGAGAAAUCGUCCGAGAACAAGAAGACCAAGAAGCAGAAAGGCAACGCUGUCCAAGGCCAUGUGGACGACACGGAAGGCGACGACGGUGACGACGUAAGCGUCACCUCCAAAGGCAAGAGGUCCUCCGGCGGCGGCGGCGGUAAAGCGAAGCCCCCAAGCGCUGCUGGGACCGCUGGCGACAUCUCGGCACCCGACCUGGUGGAGGACCUCGGGGCAUGGAGCGACACCGACUGGGAUUGAGGGGUUGAUGUUUUUCCGUCUCGUGGGCGUUUUGAUUGGGUGGCAGCUGGUGCGAUCUUUGCUUGAUGGCUGCCCACCCUUUGCUUGGGUGUGGUUCAAGUGUUCGCCUGCGACAACCACCUGACGGGAACACGAUGAAGCGCUCUUUCUCUUCUGAAGAAAUGGCGCCUGAGCGUCCCCUACCAGGGGACGGGUGCUGAACGUCCCCUGUCGUAGAGUUAGCCGUCGGAGAUAGAGCACGUACAAAACUUGGAUCAGGUGCAAUUGUUCCCGCAAGUUGAUACUGUUUGGGGUGCGAACCUCGUAGAUGAUAAGCCGAUUGGUGCUGUCGCCGCCCCUCAUCUUCAGCCAUCCCGUUUACGCAUGAUGAUGUGUUAGGGUCUGAAAGAGGCAUCCAUCGAGGCCAACGCAUUCAGCAGCUGCGCGAUCAAGGUACAUGCAGGGGUAUUGAUUGCACAAUACGUGAAGGCGGUAGAUGCAGCAUGCCCGUUGCGUGGAGAGAGCGGGGGAGUACCCCACCCAUGUGUUCUUUCUGUGGUUGGCUGAACUCACGAUUUUCACUCGUCUUUUUUUUUUUUGUCAGGAUGGACUACCGACGCCAAAAGAGUGCCUUUCAGUAGUGGGAUGCUUUGGGAAGGAAGUCGGCGGAGAAAAUGAAACAGUGUAGAGCCAAUCACGUGCACGUUGCGGCGUCUCACGUCCCAAACCCUGACGUAGUGUCAGCGACAGCACAACUAGCGACUGACAGCAGGAACGGUGAGCCAUGUCAAAAUCGAGAGUGAGAGAUGUCCGUUUCCAAAACU